AUGGACAGCACUAUCGCGAUGCAGAUGCAGCUGCAGCUGGCCAGUACCGGGCGGCGAUCGUCGUCCAAGGUAUGUGCACGCUGCAAAAAGCGCAAGACAAAGUGCGAUUCGGGAUAUCCGUCGUGCAGCGCCUGCGUGCGAGCAGGGGCAGUCUGUCGAGGAGGGGAGGUGGUGGGGAGAGAAGGAGGAGGAGGAGGAGGAGGAGGAGGAGGGAGCAUCAAGAAGCAUAGCCAAAAAGGCAGCACGACCAGCGGCAACAGCAACUCCAACGGCCACACCAUCGCCACAAACUUCACCCCCAACGUCCCCCGCAGUCUCGUGCGCGCACUCGAGGAACAGGUCGCCCUGCUGGAAAGCCGUGUCGACGCGGUGCAGCAGCAAACGGCCAACAGUGUGGCCCGGGCGUUGACGGCCCGGCUGGUUCGGGGGACGCUGCUGGCCACCGAGGCGGCCGUGACGGGGCUGGGACCUCCAAUGGCCGUGUCGCGAAGAAAUAGCAUCGGGGGAAAAAGGGGAAGCAUCGACGAUUCCUUUGAGAGAAAGAUGGACAAAUCGAACACAUCCAACAUCGAUACCUUCGACACCACCAACUCCACCAACUCCCCCACCUCUUCCACCUCCACCACCUCUUCCUCCUCUCCCUCCUCCACGAACCUCGGCCGCAUCCCCCUCGCCGCCCUCGAGACCAUGAUCAGCAACUACGCCAGCAUUCACCUCCCUCAGUACCCCUGUCUCCAGGAGGACUGGCUGCGUCUGGUGCUCGGCCGCAUCCUCACCGUCGAUGGUGGCGACACGGACGCCGCUCUGACGCGCGGCAUCCGUGCUGAGAGCGGCCUCGGACACUUUGACUACUUUGCCGUCUUCAUCGUCCUGGCCGUCUCGUCGCUGACGCUUACGUGGCGCAACGAGCACCAGGCCCGCAUCGCCUCCGACGCCUUCUUCCACACUGCCGUCCAGCACCUGCAGCGCACCACCGACGCCGUCCAGCUGCCGGGCCUCCGCCGCCUGCAGGCCUGUCUGCUGCUGGCCCACUACGGCAACGUCAACCCGGCCCGUGUCGACAACUGGGCCUGUGUCUGGGCGGCCGUGCGCAUUGCCCUGUCGCUGGGACUACAGACCGACCAAGACGACGAAGACGGCUCCUUUGCCCGCGAGCUCUUCUACGUCGCCCUCGGCAUGGAGCGCUCGAUCUCGACCAUCCUACGGCUGCCCCUGGCCGUAGCCGAGGAGGACAUUACGAUUCCCCGCCUGCCCGCCUGCACAGGCGUCUAUGCGUCGGCACACCACCUCUACCGCCUGCGCGCCAUCGAGACGGAGCUGCACCGCGUCCUCUGGCUGCGGGAUCCACGCGCCGAGGCAGCAGCUGUGGCCAGGAGCACGAACACGAGCACGAGCACGCCAACUUCCGGCUCCCUCGGCCCCUGGCUCGUCGAUAUGGCCGGCCGCCUGGACGAGUGGCUGCGUGGUGCCGAGCCGUUUCAGAAGUACCAGAUGCUCGAGUUCCGGCUGAUCAACUACGGCUAUCUCAAGGCACGGCUGCACCGACCGACACCACGACUGCCCAACCGCUCGCCAGCCGAUCGGGCCGUCUGCGUGGCCGCCUACGCCCUCCUGAUCGAGGAUUACCAGCGCCAGACGCGGCGGCGCCGCCUCUUCUAUCCAUGGCAUGCCGUCCACAUCCUGCACGAGGCUGUCGUCGUGCUGCUAGACGCGGCCUGGGCCCUGCGCGAUGACCCGGCCGACCGCUGCGCCCGCCGGCCUCAUGCUCGCCACAUUCUCGACGUGCUCGUGCCCGACGCACUCGAGCUGCUGGACACGCUGUGUACAGCCUGGCCGGACGCUGCCCGCUGUCGAGACCUGCUGCGGCCAGUGCUAGCGGACGUUCGGGAGGUCUAUGAGAAGAAGGAGAAGGGUAGAGAGAAGGGGCAGGAGGAACGGAAGCGAGAACAUAACCACAUUACUGCUCGCCUUCAUAGUCUCCUCUUUCCCGAUGGACCGCUCGUCUGGAACCUUAGCACUACUGCCACUACUACCACAACGACCACAACGACCACAACGACCACACCCCUCUGGCCCCCCUCUCCACCAUCGCCCUACGGCGUGAUCGGACUGCGAAGGCCUACCAGCGCGGACGACCCGCUCGACCUUGUUGCCCUCGGCGACAUGGACUGGGAUGGCUACUGGGACACAGCCCAGGAGCUGUCGCCGCCAUGGGAGGCCGGCAACACCAGCGCGGACGAUAUGUUGGGACUGGUCACGUGA